GUUCUCCUCCUAAAACCCUAACCCCACCCCCACCCCCAAAGCGCAGCUCAGCUCACUAGCCGGCGGCGGGGGCGAUGAGGGCGAUCACAGGCGCCGUCGUCUCCUCCAAGCCCUGCUCCCUCUCCAAGGCCUUCCGCAUCCUCGACCUCUUCUACAACUCCGCCGCCUCCGACCUCCCCUCCGCCGACUGCGCCACUUACCUCAGCACCGCCACCGAGGCCACCAGGGAGCACGAGCUCUUCCGCCGCGGGCUCCGCGGUAAUCAGCAGCAGGGCGCCGCCAAUCUCCAGGCCCAUGAUUAUGAGGGCGAGAUAAAGCACCAAGACCGGGAGAGGAAAGGGGACAUGGCUGUUCCAACCGGUGGUUCCCAGCGCGAUUCCGCCGCGGAGGUGGAGCCAGAUGUUGCCGCCGGUGAGAAGAAGAGCAAGAAGAAGAAGAAUAAAGAGGAUCGGCAGCAGGGCAUAGCUGCUGCUGGCGUUGAAUCGCACAUUCCCUCUUCAGCAGGAAUCGGCAGCGAGAAGAGGAAGAAGGAGAAACAUUCACAUAAGGAAAUCAUCGUCCAUGUGAAGCAGGAGCCUGAUUUAGUGGACGAAGAAUUGUUGAGUGAGAAGAAGAGCAAGAAGAAAAAGGAGAAGGGUCGUGUAAAACUAGAAGAUGAAGCGAGGGAUGUGAAUAAAGUGGGCGGAAAAAUUGUCAACGAUGGUGGGUUAGAACAAAAUGUUGCUGGUGGGGAGAAGAAAAGGAAGAAAAAGAAGCAUGAAGAGGAGGAAGUCAACUUCAAGGAUGUGAAGCAGGAGGAGAAAAUGGUCAGUGAUGGUGGUCCGGACAGUGAGAAGAAGAGGAAAAAGAAGAGGGGGAGAGGUGACAAUGACGAUAAUGCUCUGGAGCAAGUAGAGCAUACAAAGAAGAAGCAACGGAAGUAAUCCUAAGAUUAGUUAGGGGAAUCGUUACUGAUUGGAGAUGUACGGGAAUUUUGUGAACUGGUGAGGUUGUUCUGCUGUUGUAUUUUAGGCCUCCAUUUGGUUGGUGAGGUUGGGCUCUUUUUGCCACUGUGCUAGACUCCACAGUUUUGUUAUGUAACAUCCGAUUCAUAUGCCAUGGCGAUUCGAUUCUAGCAAUGAUAUUUCCAUUUUUAAUGUCA